AUGAUUUCGGCUGGGAUUGGGGAUAAGGCUUGUGGGAAGUCAAUGGUACACGUGGAGGAGGAUUUUAUUGGAGAGAAUAGUGGGAUUGACUCUUUGUUGAUCUUGGAUUCUAAAAGGAGAAGGACUUUUGAUGGGCUGGGCAAUUAUGUUGAUAUUGGGCCGGACCUUAAUAAAUUGGAUGAACCUAGUUUAGACAAUUUACAUAAACAACAUAAUGGUACUAAUCAAAAGAGUGAUGGUGAUGUGGCUAUGGACGGUCAAGGGGAGGAUAGCUCAAAAAACUUGUUUGGGGCGGGUUCUGGCUCUUUUUGUGUUGAGGCCCAAGGUGUGGGAGGAGGUUUAGUGUUGUAUUGGAAAGAAAAAGAAGAAGGUGUCUUAUUGGGCUUUUCUAAUAAUCACAUUGAUAUUAGGAUUGACAAAGUGGGCUACCCAAGCUGGAGACUCACUGGUUUCUAUGGUGAGCCUAAUAGAAAUCGUAGAGAAAGGACAUGGAAUCUUCUUCGCACCAUAGCCGGUUCUUCAACUCUUCCUUGGUGCGUGAUUGGGGAUGUCAACAAUAUUCUCAACCAAGAGGACAAGAAAGGUGGACAACCUUACCCUGGAUGGCUUCUAGAAGGUUUUCAAAAAGCUCUCACCGAUUGUCAUUUACUUGAUCUUGAUCUCACGGGGUACCCUUUCACCUGGGAAAAGAGCAGAGGCACUACCCUUUGGGUUGAAAUUCGUCUGGACAGAGCAAUGGUCACCGAAGCAUGGACUCUCCUAUUUCAAGGUGCUAAACUUUUUAACCUUGAAACUUCUACUUCUGAUCACUCUCCUUUAUUUCUUGAGCCUAUUUUUGUUGAGCAAACUCCCACGAACUAUCGCUUUCGUUUUGAAAAUGCUUGGUUGAAAGAGCCCAUGUGUUUUCAAAUCGUGGAGGAUUGUUGGCAACGGGUCGGUGUGGGGGGAAUUUUGAAUAAGUUGAAUGUGUGUGCUGAUGCGUUAUCUCAAUGGGGUAAAGAGAUAACAGGGAAUUUCAAACGGAGAAUAAGAGAGUGUAAUGCCGAAAUGAAGUUUUUAAAGAAGAAAAGAGAUGACAUCUCUGUGGCUCGAUAUAGUGAGGUUCGAAAACAGCUGUUUGCUAUAAUCGAUCAACGGGAAAUUUUCUGGAAGCAACGUGCUAAACAAUUCUGGUUAAAGGAGGGUGACCAAAAUAGCAAAUAUUUCCACAAGGCUGCAAGUAAUAGGCGACGGAGUAAUCUUAUUUCGAAGCUUAAGAAUGACCAGGGGGUUUUUGUGGAUUGGGAGAAUGGGUUAUCUGAUGUUGUGGUACAGUAUUUUAUGUCCUUAUUCUCAGCUUCUAAUACUGAUUAUAGGGAAGUAAUAGACUGUAUUGAUCAUGUUGUUCCUGAGAUGGCUAAUCUGGAGCUUUCAAGACCUGUCUUGGAGGAAGAAGUGAAGACGGCGGUGUUUCAAAUGCAUCCUGACAAGAGUCCAGGACCAGACGGUAUGACCCCGGCGUUCUAUCAACGAUGUUGGCAUAUAGUGAAACAAGAUGUUGUGGGGGUUGUUCAGAGGUUUUUUGCUACGGGGGCCUUUGAUGAAGCUUGUAGUGACGCAAAUGUAGUCCUAAUCCCCAAGAAGAAGGGCCCGGAGACAAUGAAAGAUUUGAGACCUAUAGCUCUUUGUAAUGUCCUUUACAAGAUUGUGACGAAGGUAAUGACCAACCGUAUGAAGCCUUUCAUGGACUCUAUAGUCGCGGAUUCUCAGAGUGCUUUUAUUCCAGGACGACUCAUUUCUGACAACAUUAUGGUUUCUUUUGAAGUUCUUCACUAUCUUAAACGUAAGCGCCAAGGGAAGACUGGGUGUAUGGCUUUGAAAUUGGAUAUGAGCAAGGCGUAUGACCGUAUUGAGUGGAAUUUCUUAGAAGCGGUACUUUCGAAAUUGGGUUUUGUGGAUACUUGGGUACAUCUCAUCAUGCAAUGUGUGUCAUCGGCCAACUACAAGGUUAUCCAUGGGUCCCAUGAGAUGGGUCCUAUUGUUCCAACUAGGGGCCUUCGUCAAGGGGAUCCUUUGUCUCCUUACUUAUUCAUUCUUUGUGCAGAAGGUCUCUCUGCUUUAUUGAGAAAGUACGAAAGACAAGGUUGGAUCCAUGGGUGCAAGGUGGCUAAUGGGGCACCUCGAGUUUCUCACAUGCUUUUCGCGGAUGAUAGCUACCUGUAUUGUCAAGCAUCAGAAGUUGAAGCUCAUCGGGUUCGAGAACUGCUGACCAAAUUUGAAAGGGCAUCAGGUCAAGAGGUGAAUUUAUCAAAGUCAUCCAUCUUCUUCAGCACUAAUACUCCUACCAUGGUCAGAAAUGUUAUUAGCCAGAGACUACAAAUGAAUAUUGCAACUGAGGAUAGUUUCUAUUUGGGGCUCCCAAGCACCAUGUCCCGCAAAAAAACCGUUGUCCUUGGCUACCUCAAAGAUAAAGUCAGGAAAAGGUUACAACAAUGGGAAGGCAAGUUCCUCUCAAGGGCUGGGAAGGAAGUUUUGGUGAAAACUGUGGCCCAGGCACUACCAAGUUAUGCGAUGAGUGUUUUUCUCCUCCCCAAAGAAAUCAGUCGAAGUAUUGAAAGUAUGAUGGCGAGUUAUUGGUGGCAGACUAACAAGGAUAGUGGAAAAGGAAUUCAUUGGUUGUCAUGGGAUAAACUUUGCAAGCAUAAGAAAGGGGGAGGAUUGGGAUUUCGAAAUCUGCGGGAUUUUAACUUGGCUAUGUUGGGAAAACAAGGGUGGAGGCUACUUACAAGACCAGAUUCUUUGGUAACUCGUGUUUUUAAAGCCAGAUAUUUUCCACAGGGGGACUUUCUAUCAGCCUCGUUAGGCUCAAACCCGAGUUUUGUUUGGAGGAGUAUAUGGGAAUCCCAAGAUUUAGUAAGAAAAGGAGUUCGUUGGUGUAUUGGAUCAGGUAAUAAUAUCCCAAUUCUCCAAUCUCCUUGGUUGCCAGAUGAUGUCAAUCCCUUUGUCAUUUCGGAUCACCCUGCUCUUUCAACUGCUACGGUAAGCAACAUCCUAACCCCGGAUGGCUCCCGGUGGGAUGUGGAGAUUCUUGAUGAUCUCUUUGUUGAUAGGGAUAAACAUUUGAUCAUGUCCAUUCCUUUGAGUGACAACAACUUGGAAGAUCAUUUUGUUUGGUCUAAAGAGACCUCGGGCUUUUAUUCGGUUAAAAGUGCUUAUAAUUUACUUCAAAGGCUUAAAGGUGGAUGGCACGAGUCGAAUGAUAACAACUUUUGGAGUAAACUUUGGAGCCUAAAGCUACCACCCAAGAUCAAAAACCUGAUGUGGCGUGCGGCGGUGGGUUGCCUUCCGACAAUGAUACAACUUCGAACUAAACAUGUGGAGGUAAGCUCUCUCUGUCCUCUCUGCCGGGUGGAAACUGAAACCAUUACUCAUUGUUUGGUCACUUGCAAUGUGAUCAAAUUAUGCUGGAAUAGGGUGGGCAUCGGCACUACUAGCGACACAAGUAUUUCCUUUCUUGACUGGUGCACCUUGGUUUUCAGCAAGCUGAAUGCUGAAAAAAAGGCUCUCGUGGCUGCUGUGUGUUGGGCCAUUUGGAAUGCGCGCAAUGAGUUGGUUUGGAAGGGAAAGACGACUCGUGUUGAUGAUAUAGUUGGGUUUGCUAAACACUACCUUAAUCAAUGGAAUAAUGCUCAAAACUCUGUCCUUGGCACAUCAUACUCUGAUGAUCAGAUUCAUGAUGGUGCAGAGCAUUGGUCCCCUCCUUUUGCUAAUAGUAUUAAGGUUAAUGUAGACGCAGCUUUAUUUGAUGAUGGGCGGUCUUUUGGGUCGGGUAUGGUAGCGCGUGAUGACCGAGGUUGGUUAAUUGAGGGCCGAACCAUCUUGGCAAUGAACAUGGUGGAACCAAUCCUUGCAGAAGCUAUCUCUGUCAAGGAAGCUCUCACUUGGAUCAAAUUGAAGCAAUGGCAUCAUGUGACUGUGGAGAGUGAUUGUCUUGGGGUUGUGCAAGCAUUACGGAGUUCUAUUUGUAUGAUUUCUUUGUUUGGUCAAGUCAUUCAAAGUUGUAAAAAUUUGCUUGCAGAUUUGAGUACCGUUGAGGUUAUUUUUGUUAAACGAUCUACUAAUUCAGUGGCUCAUAGCUUUGCUAGAGCCUCUAAGUUGUAUCCUGAUCGUACCUUCAGUAUGGAGUCUGUUCCUACUGAUUUGUUACCUUGUUUGGUGACGGAGUUUGUUGGUUAA